CCUAGCUUUUUUUUUUUCUCGUUUUUCACACUUCUCUCUUGAUUUUUAAAAGAUUCAUAUUUAUUUGUAUAUUUUUUUUUAAUUCAUUAUGCAAGAGCCUCCAUCUAGAGAAUUUGGUGGACGUCUAGGUGGUAGACAAUCAAAUACACCUUUCUCAAAAAUGGUAUUCGAUGGGAAACGUAUGAGGAAAGCCAUUCAACGCCAAACUGUAGAUUACAAUCAUAGCAUGAUCAAGUGGAUGGAAGAGCGCACCUGUUUUCGUAAUCGACGAGAUACAAGAUACCUACGGACUGAUUCCAAUUUCAUUCUAGACCUAUUACCUCCAGCAGGUUACCUCGAUCAUCCUACAAACGCUGUCACCACCAAAUUUAUACACACGUCAACCAACAAAAUCCGGUACCCAAUUAAUGUUGUUAGAUGGACUCCCGAAGGCAGACGUUUGAUUACUGGAUCUUCAAGUGGUGAAUUUACUCUAUGGAAUGGUCUGACCUUCAAUUUCGAAACUAUUCUACAGGCUCAUGAUUCAGCUGUACGUGCUAUGGAUUGGUCUCAUAAUGACAACUGGAUGGUGACAGGGGAUCAUAGUGGUAUUAUCAAGUACUGGCAAUCCAAUAUGAGCAAUUUGAAAAUGUUCCAAGCGCAUAAGGAAGCCAUCCGAGAUUUAACAUUUGCUCCUUCUGAUACUCGAUUUGCUACAUGUUCAGAUGACUCUUUAAUCAAAAUUUGGGAUUUUAAUACUGGUAUAGAAGAACGAACAUUAUCUGGGCAUGGUUGGGAUGUCAAAUGUGUGGAUUGGCAUCCUUACAAGGCUUUAUUAGGUUCGGGAUCCAAAGACAAUCUAAUCAAAUUAUGGGAUCCAAAAUCUGCCAAAAAUAUCACGACAUUACAUGGUCACAAAAAUACAAUUUUGGCUUUGGAAUGGAAUCAGAAUGGCAACUGGCUUGUCACAGCAGGAAGAGAUCAAUUGAUCAAGAUUUUUGACAUACGCACUAUGAAGGAACUACAAAUCUUCAGAGGACAUCAAAAAGAAGUAUGCUCUGCACGAUGGCACCCACAACAUGAACGAUUAUUGGCAACAGGUGGAUCAGAAGGAUCUCUGAUGUUUUGGUUAGCAGGGGAGGAUGAACCUAUUGGUGAACAAGAAACAGCACACGAUUCCAAUAUUUGGUCACUUGAUUGGCAUCCAGUAGGACAUAUUUUGGUGACAGGUUCGAAUGAUCAUACUACUCGAUUUUGGACUCGACCACGACCAGGCGAUAAAAGUACAGACAAGUUUGAUGCAAGUCUUCAUCGUGAUGAAAAGGAAGAGGAAGAAUAUAUUGAACCACCUCCAUUUAGACCCAACAACAUCGUCAACAAUCAACAUCCAAUGGAACCCCCUCCUUUUAGACCCUCUGUGACAACCAUGCGACCUGAUAGACCAGCAUUGCCAUCUCAAAAGCAAAUGAUGGAAGACUUUCAACAACAGAAUGGACCAAUGAAUAAUCCACCACCUUUUCGCCCUCCUCCAUUACAGCAACAAAUGCAACAACAACAGCAACAAAUGCAACAACAACAACAGCAACAAAUGCAACAACAACAACAGCAACGACAACAACAACAACAGCAACAACAGCAACAGCAACAACAACAACCACCAUAUCAAUAUAGACCUCCUCCUAACCAACAAAAGUUUCGACCUCCACAGCCACAGCAACAACAACAACAACAUCAUCUACGACCCCCUUUCCCUUUACAACAACAGCAACAACAAAAUCGAUUUCCUCCUGGUGGACGUAUGCCAGCACCAUCAAGACAACAAGGUCGGGGCGGCAAUAUGGGAAGACCAUAUCCUCGUCGACAAGACAACAUGCCUGGAGCAUCACCACAACAACAACAACAUCAUCCACCUCGUUCUAUGACUCCUUAUGGACAUCAUCAGCCAUCACCACCACCACCACCACCACCCAUGCUAGCGCACCAAAAUGGACAACGACCUAUGAUGAAUCGACCGAAUGGACCCAACCAACAACGAUCAGAACGGAAACGGAGAUGGGAUUGAACCCGAUGGAUUUAGUAUAGACAUUAUGAAUACAGAUAAUAAAUACAUUUGGGAUCUUUAUUUUAUAUUAUU